GUAUAUGACUUUGCCCCCCUUUGGCACACACUUCGCCCAGUAUUAUGCAACUGGUCAGGAUGUGGCAUAACGCUCGCAUCACUAGAAAACCUCCGACGUCACAUAUUCCGAUCGCACGAGGAAGCGAUAAGAAGGCGAAUUGCAUGCCGCUGGGCGGACUGUCUGGACAGAUCGACAACUUUCUUGUCAAUGCAGCACCUGAUAGAUCAUAUCAUCGGCAACCAUAUUUCCCAUGUGUCGCUUUGUCCCUACCUUGGAUGCGAAAGGUUGAUACAUCCCCUCAAUGUCGAAAAUCAUUGCAGAAGAAAGCAUGAGGGUGACAGACGACGUCCUAGUGCAGCUCCGCAAAAGCCUGUGGUUACUGUCGCGCGCCCCCUUCGAUACGUUACCCCUACCUAUGAACUUAGUCCCACGCCUCAACCUUCACCAUGUCCAAGAAAAUUUUUGCACCUUGACCGCCCCUUGCUGAAGGAGGCCAGACCAAGUGCCAAUCUGCCUCAGCGGAAGAUAAAAACUCUCCUGCACAGUAGUCCAUUCAAGUUCAACGUUGUGCGAGACUUCACGCUUACGUCCCUUGGAACAGGACCUCAGCCGGCGCGGGAAUGAGUUGCUCAUUUUAGGAUUACCUCUAUCACCUAGUAGAUAAUUUCUGCCUGUUCGUGUAAUGUCAGGGAUAUGGAUAUGUUAUGGGGGCCAAUAAUUGAGAUCCUGAUAAUCGAAAC